AUGAGCACUACUCGUACGAAAUACAGUUAUUUGAGGAAUCUGGAUGAUUGUACGAAAUUAUCCUCAAAGGACUAUUUAUGCAAUGGUGUGACAAUACAAGACACCUCCGACAAACCAAUGUGUGAAGUAAAACUACGGACACAUUUUGUGGAUAAAAUUCCUCAAGAUUGUUCCACUAAAACAGUUAAAGCCCACUUAGAACUUUGGCACCCACUAUCGGAAAAUUCGUGGUUGUUUGUCCUUAGUUCUCCUGUUUCGGUUUCAAUUGGUUGCGACUCCAAGAACUCCUUACCCACGGAGGUAGAAGUAAAGAACAUCGGCGUAUUGACGCUCCAGGCCAAAUGCCGAUGUUAUUCGCCAACCAUGACGUUGAUCACCACUGCAAAUCUAACCAGAAAUUAUUCCAAUUUUGUUCCUUAUUGUACUUAUAAACCAUGA